GAGUUCAUUGAAUUCAGAAGGAUUUAAUUUGUAAAGAGAACUGAGAACAAACAAAGUAAUGGCUACUGAAGAUAAUUGGCAGACGAAACUUCCCACCCUCAUCGAAAGAACUGAGUUCAUUUUCAACACCGAUUUACUGAGCGAUGUGAAGUUUGUCGUUCCAGUGUCGACUGGUGAAAGCGAAAGUAAGAAGGUGAUCCCAGCUCACAAGUUUGUUCUCGCAAUCAGUAGUCCUGUGUUCUUUGCUAUGUUCUAUGGUCGAAUGGCGAGGACCAAGGACUCUAUUAGCCUGCCUGACUGUGAGUACGAGAGUCUGUUGGAGUUUUUCCGUUUCUUGUACAGCGACAAAGUGAAUUUAAGAGGAAAUAAUGUGAUGCAAGUGUCGUACUUGGCGAACAAAUACAUGGUGCCUUCGCUUGCCAAGAAAUGCACGGAGUAUCUUCGUGACAACCUGAAGGCCUCGAACGUGUUUUGUAUUUUGCCACACGCACAGAAAUUUGAAGAUAAAGAUUUAGAAGAUCGAUGCUGGAAAGUGAUCGAGAAGCAGACAGACCAAGCUGUGACGUCAGACGAAUUUGUUACAGUUGAGCGAUCUGUAGUUGAAUCUGUUGUGAAGCGAGAGGAGUUGAACGUGACGGAAGUAGAAUUGUACAAGGCAAUCGAUCGCUGGGCCACAGAAGAAGUUCAAAGGCGAGGGUUAACUCCUGAUGGAGAAACAAAGAGACGAAUUCUUGGUGAGGACGUUCUUAAAGCAAUACGAUUUCCAUUGAUAUCACAGAAGGAUUUUAUGUCAGUUGUAUUUGAUUCCCAUAUCCUCACUAUUCAUGAGGUUGGAAACAUGAUGAAACAUUACAGCGGCGUUUUAAAAUCUCCUUUGCUAUUUGGGGAUACCGCUAGGAGCCUUUUAUUUCGAUGUGUCCGAUUUCUAAAGUUCAAUUGUGCAGGUGGUUAUGGGGAAGCUUGGACUUACAAAGAUAGAGCUGACAGUAUUGAGUUUACAAUCAACAAACCAGUCUUGUUACAUGGUGUUCAGCAUUUUGGCUCAGACGGUGGAAAGUAUACUGUUUCUACCGAAGUUAAAGCUACAGCCCACAAUUCUUGCCUCGGAAAGGAAUCAGGAACAUACUCUUCAAAAAAGGACGUGACUAAUAAUUAUCAUGGCUUUGAUGUAAUGUUUAAUCCUCCAAUUCGUUUGGAGUCUCAUGUAAACUAUAGGCUUGUGUCGCUUAUCAAGGGUCCUUCAUCAUGGUAUGGAGAAGAGGGACAAACGUCUCUUAAAUUCCCCGGAGGGCAGGUCAAUUUUACACCCUCAGUGGAGAGUACAAAUCAAACUUCGGCAACAAGAGGUCAAUUUCCAGCUUUCAUAUUUAGUCGAACUUAAAGCAUAGGUACUAGGAAAUUAUUUUUGGAUUGUUUUUCGCUGCUAAAAGUGGUUGAAAAUAAAAAGUCUUGAAUACA